AUGCUGCGAAUACAACCCAUCCACACUCGGCCACCUCGUGACCUCGUUUCCGUCGCCCUGGGUCCACAAGGUAUUUAUCAAGGCCGUAGGGAUCGUGGGCCUCCCCUUUUCAAGGCAGUCUCCGUCUCUCAGGCGCACCGUCUUAUCACCGAACCCACCGGCGGAGAAAUCGAUGCCUGCUGGCCAACCAGCACGGAGAGGCGUAGGGCCAGGAGGCGACGCGUCUUCCAUGCUGCGGGGACGAAAGGAGAUCUCUGUCUAGUUACCAGGCCUACCGAUCCAAGGUCUGGAGACGUGGAAGAUGGGCUAGACGCAGGCCUGGGCAACGGCACCAACAACCCGGCAGCACGUCCGUCUGUCCGUUCGUGGUGCCUCGUCUCUCGCCCUCCAGUUGGGCUAACCUGUGCCAACUUGCGCUGUCACGGCUGCCGCGUCUGCCGGCAGGCACUACUCGUCACUCGACUGCGGCCUCGACGCCAACCAACGUUCUGCCAACUGGAGGCGAUAAGAUGCCUGGGCGGAGACGGACUGACCGGAGACUCAACUAGCUCGACCGGACACUCACUUGAACAUGCCGUUGAUGGAGCGUGUCAUCACCCUGAAGAACGGCCCACCCUGGGGCUUCCGACUUCAGGACACCUACAUGGAGGGCUUAAUCGUCUCCAAGGUGAGCAACCAUCUGCUCUUCGGACUGUGUAUGCGUGUGUGUGCGCGAGAUUGUUCGAGAUCUGGUCUGCUCGAGUUGACCACGUACGGAGCACAAGGAGUUCGGAGGGUCCGAUGUUGGCCGCAGUCACCUUUCGCAACUUGAGCCCGGCGUCAUGGAGACCUCGUAGGACGAGGUUGUCGUGUCCUCUCCAAAUGCCCGUUGGUAUUGUAGCCUUCGUUUUGUCUGAACACUAA